GCAGAUGGCACGCGCCACAUGUCACUUCUGAAUAGAAAGAGGCAGGGCCUUACGCGUGGCCCUCUCUUAUAAAUACGGGAUGAAGAUCCGAGAGCAGCAUAACAAUUUAUUCUCAGUUCGAUCAAGUUCUCUCUCUCUCUCUUAUUUGGAUUACACAUUGUGCCUAUUGCUAUGGGACAGCACGGUAGUUGCAUACAAGGACAACCUGAUUGGGUUGGACCUUAUCAAAAAGCCUCUACCAAAAAAGAUGAAAUUGAACUUUAUGACCACAUCAGAAAGCUCACUACUGGUACCACCAGUGCUAAAGAUUUACAAGAAUUUGAACAUUUUCUUAAAACCAAGAUCAAUCCAACAUGUCCGCAACACGGAUCCAAAGCAUCCUCCCACAGCAGUUCUAAGCAAUCAUCAUCAUCCAGAAGUUCCACUCUCUCAAACCAUAGUAAACUAGAAGAACUUUUCCAUAAAGAAAGUGUUUGCAAAGAUAUUAACUUUAACCAAAGCCAAGUAGACACAAAGCCGACCAGCAUCAAACCUAUGAUUGUUCCAAAGAGUACCUGUGUAGUCCAUGGCAAAGCAAAAGCAGAAGUUAAACCACAAAGGACACCAUGCAAAGUUCACGGUCACCAAAAUGUUGGACAAUUAAACCUGAAAGUAGUUGAUAAAGAUGUAAAACCUUUUACCUCAGAAGUACCACAAUUACCUCCUUCUUAUAAAUUCCCGCCACAAGUGAAUAUUUUACCUCAGGAAGAUGACUUCAAGCCUAAUUAUCAAGAAUUUUCUGAUGAAGACUCAGCAGUUAGUACCUUUUCUUGCCCUGAUUUCAUUACUAACCUGAUGCUAUCAUCUGAUGAAUUACAAAAAGUUGAUAUCCUAGCAUCUGUUGGAGUUCAGUCAGCCAAAGAAACAAUCCAGACGUUGGAAGACAGAGCUGAAAGCAUAGUCGAGACCUUCGGAGUAGUUCUGAAACAUCUAGAGCAUGGCGAUUGGUCAACUUUUUGUAUCAGUACCAGCAGACUGUGUGAGGACAUUAAAAAAGUGAUGAAAGAUUACAAGCUUCACUCUGAUACCAAGGAUCCAGAGUCUAUUACAAUCAAAAAUAGUGUGACAGAGGGUCUUAAUCAGCUAACAACACAUAUCUUGAGUUUGAAUCAUGUAUCAUCGUUUGAAUCAAAGCACAAAGUACUUUUGCCAUCGUUUAAAGUUUUGGGAGAAGUUCUACAUGAAAUGAUGGAAUUCCUCAUCACCAAAGAAAUUAGAGUCCUCAUCGACUGCUUGCAGACUGAAGGAAACAAUUCCUCUCUUAGAAUGGCAACAUGUGCUCUAGCUGAAAUGUGUUUAUCUGGAGGUCUAAUGAGCAAAUUAGUAGUUAAGGCUGGAGCUAUUUCCCCACUACUCAAUGUGUGUAAGGUUCGCAAAUGUCAAUAUUUACGUCCACUUGCAUUACGUACUUUGACUGUCAUCUGUUCUUCCCAGAGUUCUCUAGAAGAAUUUGAAAAAGAAUUGGGAAUGAAUGUUAUAAAGACUCUGUUGUCAGAAGAAAGUGAAGAAAAAGUAUUGUGUGAAGCUGUUGGUCUUCUGGCUCAAGUAUUAAAACAAUGGACUGAAAGCAAAUGCUCUUUGGAAAGCAAGAUGGGGAAAGAUAUGGAACCAAUAGUUCAUAACUUAACUGGAACCUGCAAAAAAGCUCUUUCUCCAGAGAUGUUUCUGCUUUCAGCCGCCUGCCUAGCUACGCUUUCACCCUUCAGUGCUUUUGCCAGAGAAUGGUUACAACUUCAUGCUCAUGAAAUGCGAUUACUAGCGAGCAACAGCAAACAAGAGAGCUAUGUUUAAAAGGGUUUGGAAUCCUGACAUCAGUAGUCAUUCAUGUCUUUCAAGUGUAAUUACUAGUCAAUAUCAAAAUCAUUAGACACUCAUGAUUUUUGGAACCUCUUCAUCUGUACAUUUAUGCAUCAAAAAGCUAUUUAGCAAUUUCAAGCAGGGAAUUAUGGAUCUAUCACUGUGCAGCAUCUGUAUAUAAACACAUCAACAAAAAAAACUUUUUAUCAUAUGCAGAGCAUUGCUUUGAACUAUUCCGUCCCACCUUUAUAUCUUCCUAUUUGUUGGAAAUUAUCUGUGCUUCAUCGAUUUUAUGCAGCAAAUUACAAACUUUUUAUUUUUCCCACUUUAAUAAAUGAAUUUGUUAAAAAAAUUGAAUGUUAUUGCAUUUAAAAAUAAUGCACAUGUAUUCAAGCAAUGUCUAAAAUUUUGAUACGCAAAAUUUUAAAAACUUUGGAUGAGUCAUUACGAUAGUCUUUUAUAAACUGUUGAAUUUUGCAAAUAUGAUCUGCAAUAUAAAUUGAAUAUGCUUGUGCUUUCAGAUUUUACUAGUCUAUUCUGUGUUUGUUGACAAUGCAUGUAUUUUUACAAAUUGAUUUUGCAACAUUUAUUUUAUUUUGAAAUGUAUUUUAUAAAUUAUAUUAGCUUUUUCUUUCUAAAAAUUGAACAUUCAGCUAGCCUGACCAAAGUUUAAUUGCUACUGCAAAUAUUAUAUCACUGUAAUGUGUGUAUAGCACAACAGUUUAAAGCUGUACAUAAAAUUGUUAUAUUUUUAUAUAUUUUAUACUAAUACAAUAAAAUAUUUUUAUUAUUCAA